CUUGUUACACCCCUGUAUAGACGAAGGGAUUGUAUAAAUGAAGAUGAAAUCUAGAUUUUCAUCAUUCACUCUGCAGAAUGGUUCCACAUUCUACUAUUCUACAGAUGUUUAAACUGUUUUGCUUCCUGGUUAUCAUCUCUUCAUCAAACUCAUUGAAUUGGGAAACUAAUGAGGACGAAGAUUCUGCAAAAACAAGGAAUCUCCAUCCUGCAGAUAAGUUUGGAAAAGAACAUUAUUAUUCUUCUUCUUCUCCUCCUUACUCCUCUUCCUCUCCUACGUUCCAAUCAUCUCUCCUUGACAACUACAGAAAACUUUGGAUUCAAACAUUACUAGGGGACUUACUUUCUGGUGAACACGCCUCAGUCAAUAAACAUCCCAGGGACUGUACCCCAGAAUCCUGUAUCUAUCUUUCCAAGGAGCUAAAACCUGAGAUGUUUAAACGUCUCUCUGUAAAGGUUUUUCGGCCAGCUAGAGCUACCUUUUCUGCUUGGGGUGGAAAAUAAAUCCAAAAUUAAU